ACCAAACACAUCCCAAACACACACACGACGACAACGACAACGAUGACAACGAACCGAUCCGCCAGAUUUCUGGUGUUGCUAGUGCUAACCUCGCUGGUAGCCAGCCAUCAGGCGAAUGCAGCCGCCGCGGGACUCAAGUGCGGCGGCAAGAGCGCCGUCUGCGUGGGUCCCCUUUCGUAUCAGGAUUGCCUGGACGAUGUCACCACUGGGCCAGUGAUUCCCUGCGAGCCGAACACUCGCUGCGUCACCGAGGGCCUUCAGAUCUGUGUCCCAGUGAAGUCGGCUGCCGCCGAGGCACCCACAGCUGCUGUGGCCAAGAUGGUAACCAUCACCGACAGCCCCGUCAGCGAGUCUGCUCCGCUGGUGGAUGCCUCCAGCUCUGGAGGUGUCGCCGGCAGUGAGAUCUCCACCGAGGGACCGAGUGUCGCAUCUAGCGCUGCUGUUGAUACAACACCAGCUCCGGAGGUGACAACCGCCGCACCGGUAGAGACCACCCAGAUUCCUGCCGAGACCACCACUAUCGGUGCCAUCGAGGAGACCACGAUCACAAUUCCCGGUGGUGAGAUAACCACCGACGCUGCCUGGGAUUCCAACGUUCCCGCUGAUACUACUCUAGCGCCUGGCUCGGACGGUACCAACCCAACCAUCGACCCCAACACACCCCUGGACCCCAACGCACCCGAAGGAUCUACUAACGAACCCGGUUUAGUUGAAACCACCAAUCCCGCUGAAACGACCCUCCCUGCUGACCCCAAUGUUCCCGAGGUGACAACUGCUGCCCCUGGCACACCUGCUGAUGUCUCUACCGCCGCUCCUGGAACUCCUGUUGAAAGACCCACCGCUGCACCAGGAACUCCGGGUGAUGGAUCUACCGCUGCCCCUGGUGCUCCUGUUGAGGGAUCUACUGCUGCCCCUGGUGCUCCAAUUGAAGGAUCAACCGCUGCCCCUGGUGCUCCUGUAGAAGGAUCUACCGCUGCCCCUGGUGCUCCUGUUGAGGGAUCUACUGCUGCCCCUGGUGCUCCUAUUGAAGGAUCAACCGCUGCCCCUGGUGCUCCUGUAGAAGGAUCUACCGCUGCCCCUGGUGCUCCUGUUGAAGGAUCAACUGCUGCCCCUGGUGCUCCUGUUGAGGGAUCGACCGCUACCCCUGGUGCUCCUGUAGAAGGAUCUACCGCUGCCCCUGGUGCUCCUGUUGAAGGAUCAACUGCUGCCCCUGGUGCUCCUGUUGAGGGAUCGACCGCUGCCCCUGGUACUCCUGUUGAGGGAUCUACUGCUGCCCCUGGUGCUCCUGUUGAGGGAUCUACUGCUGCCCCUGGUGCUCCUGUUGAGGGAUCGACCGCUGCCCCUGGUGCUCCUGUUGAAGGAUCAACCGCUGCCCCUGGUGCUCCUGUUGAGGGAUCGACCGCUGCCCCUGGUGCUCCUGUUGAGGGAUCUACCGCUGCCCCUGGUGCUCCUGUAGAAGGAUCUACCGCUGCCCCUGGUGCUCCUGUUGAGGGAUCUACCGCUGCCCCUGGUGCUCCUGUUGAAGGAUCCACCGCUGCCCCUGGUGCUCCUGUAGAAGGAUCUACCGCUGCCCCUGGUGCUCCUGUUGAGGGAUCUACUGCUGCCCCUGGUGCUCCUGUUGAGGGAUCGACCGCUGCCCCUGGUGCUCCUGGAUCGACCGCUGCCCCUGGUGCUCCUGUUGAAGGAUCAACUGCUGCCCCUGGUGCUCCUGUUGAGGGAUCGACCGCUGCCCCUGGUGCUCCUGUAGAAGGAUCCACCGCUGCCCCUGGAACUCCUGCCGAUCCCAAUGCCCCUGCUGGAGGUGCUCCUGCUGAUCCCAAUGCCCCUGCUGGUGGAACUCCUGCUGACCCGAAUGCCCCUGCUGGUGGUGCUCCUGUUGACCCCAAUGCCCCUGCUGGAGGUGCUCCUGCUGAUCCCAAUGCCCCUGCUGGAGGUGCUCCUGCUGACCCCAAUGCCCCUGCUGGUGGUGCUCCUGGAUCUGGUGCUGGUGCUGCCCCUGGAACUCCUGCUGACCCGAAUGCCCCUGCUGGUGGUGCUCCUGCUGACCCCAAUGCCCCUGCUGGUGGUGCUCCUGCUGAUCCCAAUGCCCCUGCUGGUGGUGCUCCUGCUGACCCCAAUGCCCCUGCUGGUGGUGCUCCUGCUGAUCCCAAUGCCCCUGCUGGAGGUGCUCCUGCUGAUCCCAAUGCCCCUGCUGGUGGUGCUCCUGUUGACCCCAAUGCCCCUGCUGGUGGUGCUCCUGGAUCUGGCGCUGGUGCUGUCCCUGGAACUCCUGCCGAUCCUAACACACCUGCUGGAGUCAUUCCAUCGAUUCCAUCGCUUCCUGUUGGACCUGGCUCUUGGCCGUGGCACAACCGUCCGAACAUUCCGAUCCUGCCACCCAACUGGAGACCCCAACUUCCGGGACAAAAUGGCGCCGACGCCGGAGCUGGUGCUCCUGGCAGUGGAGUAAACAAUGGAAACGUCAACCCUAUUCCUCCCCGUCGUCCAUUUCCCUUCUGGCCUAACUGGCAAAACUGGGUGAAUGGCUGGCGCACGACCAAGAAGCCAGUAACUGAGACUCCUCCCCAACAGCCCCAAGAGCCUCAGGUUCCCCAGAACCCCCAACAGCCCCAAGAGCCUCAGGUUCCUCAGAAUCCCCAACAGCCCCAAGAGCCUCAGGUUGCUCAGAAUCCCCAACAACCUCAGCAACCAGGACAGUCGGAGCAGCCGAGCAACAACAGUCCCGAGACCGCUGAGAGCGUAGAGCAGGCUGCCCCAGCUCCGCCAGCGUCCAACGAGAACGCCUCCGUUGAGGAGAGCAACAAGGCCUCUGGCGAGAAAUCCAAGGAUAAGCCCAAGUCCAACGAAGACCAGUCCAAGGAGAAGGAGCAGGAGCAGAAGAAGCCCAACUCUGAGGAGAAGGACAAGGACAAGGACAGCAAGGAGAAGGAGAAGGAAAAGUCCAAGGACUCCAAGGAGGACAAGGAGGCCGAGUCGCAGAAGGACAACGAGAGCGAGGACGAGCCAAGCUCCAAGGAGCGCAAGCAGUACAUCAAGGAUCUGGUCAAGAAGCUGAAGAAGGGUGACGAGUGCGACGAGGAGGACAUCUAUCCCGAUGUCCGUGACUGCCGCAAGUACUACCGCUGCGAGGUGAAGAAGUCCGGCAAGCACAAGUACGCCCACCUGCGCUGUCCCAAGAAGGAGCGCUUCGACUGGCUCUCCCAGGCAUGUGUGGACAAGGACGUGGCCCGCUGCCUGGAGAAGUAGGUAGUCGGAGGAGGGUAGAGAACGCCCACCGAAACGGGGAAUCAAAACUGCUGCUGCAUCCGUAUGAUAAUCUCACUCAAUCUAAAUGUAUUCUCUAUAUUGGCAAUGAUAUUCUAUCCUUAAACCUUGGUCCUACCUAAUUUAUUGCAAUUUAUUUUAAAUACAUAUUAAAUAUAU